AUUUAAACUCCCUGGAGCCGUUAAGUUGGUUCGUACUCCGAUGCGCGCGCAGCCAGGGUGUUGGCGGAGUGCGCAUGCGUCAUCCUGGGGCCAGAGGAACGCGCUUUAGCAGUGCGCGUUCGCGAUUAGUGGUCGGGGUGGAAGAGAAAGGGGUCGGCGCAAGCGCGGUAGUUUCCUCGAGUUCGGGUCUCGCGGGCAUCUUGUUUUGGUCUCGCGGGCGAGCAGGGCGCGUUUAGGGGGAGGGCGCUUGGGCGCGAGACUAGGCGAGAAGAGCAGAGCUGCGUGCGCAUUCGGGCAAGGGGGAAGGAAGCAGGGAGUAGGAAAGGGGGGUUAAGCCCCCUGAUCCCCCUCGUUAUCCUCGCCUGGGACGGAGUAAGGGGAGGAAAUGAUCGAGAUGGCGGCGGAGAAGGAGCCGUUUCUGGUGCCGGCCCCGCCGCCGCCGCUCAAAAAUGAGUCGAGCGGAGGGGGCGGCCCCACGGUGCAGUCGCACCGAGAGGCCGCCUCCGGGCAGCACCGCGGCCGAACCGAACGCGGGCCGGGGCCUCGCGUACACUCGACAGGGGCCCCGGCCUCCUCGGAGGCUGGCAGGGACACCCCCGGGGCCGCUUCCACCCCUCGGAGCGGGCAGUUGCAGCAACAACGAGGGGGCGGCCCCCAGGCGCAGUCCCUCGGGGAGGCCCGCUUGUCGGACCCCCAGGGGCGAGCCGCUCCCCCAGAGGCAGGAGAAGAGCGGCGGGGAGGGGGAGGGACGGAACUGUGCCCCCCUGCCCCUCCUCGACCUCGGAAUGGCUACCAGCCCCACAGGCCUCCAGGGGGUGGUGGGGGCAAGAGGAGAAAUAGCUGUAAUGUAGGGGGAGGUGGUGGCGGCUUCAAGCAUCCGGCCUUCAAGAGGCGCAGGCGAGUUAAUUCAGACUGUGACUCGGUGUUGCCCUCCAACUUCCUCCUGGGGGGCAAUAUCUUUGAUCCCCUGAACCUGAAUAGUCUUCUGGAUGAGGAAGUAAGCCGCGCACUCAAUGCGGAGACCCCUAAGUCAUCCCCACUUCCGGCCAAGGGACGUGAUCCAGUGGAGAUCCUCAUCCCCAAAGAUAUCACUGACCCACUCAGUCUCAAUACUUGCACUGACGAGGCCCAUGUAGUUCUCGCUUCACCACUCAAGGUCGGUCGGAAGCGGCAUAGACAUCGGGGACAGCACCAUCAGCAGCAGCAGGCAGCUGGAGGCAAUGAUAACAACUCUUCCAUGCUGCCCCCAGCCCCUCUCACACCCUCACUUCAUGGGGAGGGCGCCACGCAGCAUAGAGGCCAGAACCGGGAUGCCCCCCAGCCCUAUGAACUCAACACAGCCAUCAACUGCAGGGAUGAGGUGGUGUCUCCGCUGCCAACUGUCCUCCAGGGUUCAGUGGGCUCCCUUUCAGUCCCUUCAGCUGCCUCAGUUACCUCUGCACCCUCGUCUUCCUCUUCUCGACAUCGCAAACGGCGCAGGACUUCCAGCAAGUCAGAGGCCAGGGGUGGAGGCCAGGGUCUCAAAGAAAAAGGCCGAGGGAGUGGGGGUGGCCGCCACCACCACCAUCCUCUACCUCCAGCAGGCUUCAAAAAGCAGCAGUGCAAGUUCCAGUAUGGGAAUUAUUGCAAGUACUAUGGGUACCGCAAUCCUUCCUGUGAGGAUGGCCGCCUUCGGGUAUUGAAGCCAGAGUGGUUUAGGGGCCGAGAUGUCCUUGAUCUGGGCUGCAAUGUGGGCCAUCUGACCUUGAGCAUUGCCUGCAAGUGGGGCCCGUCUCGCAUGGUGGGCCUGGAUAUCGAUGCUCGGCUCAUCCACUCCGCCCGCCAGAACAUCCGACACUACUUGUCUGAAGAGCUGCGUCUUCCACCCCAGGCUCCUGAAGGGGAGCCAGGGGCAGAGGUUGGAGAAGGGACCACCACCACCACCGUCCGAAAGAGAAGCUGCUUCCCAGCCUCGCUGACAGCUACCCGAGGUCCCAUUGCUGCACCCCAAGUACCGCUGGAUGGAGCGGACACAUCAGUCUUCCCCAACAAUGUUGUCUUCGUCACGGGUAACUAUGUGCUGGAUCGCGACGAGCUGGUAGAGGCCCAGACACCUGAGUAUGAUGUCGUGCUUUGCCUCAGCCUCACCAAGUGGGUACAUCUGAACUGGGGAGAUGAGGGACUGAAGCGCAUGUUUCGAAGAAUAUACCGGCACCUACGUCCUGGGGGCAUCCUUGUCCUUGAGCCCCAGCCCUGGUCAUCCUAUGGCAAGAGAAAGACGCUCACGGAAACAAUCUAUAAGAACUACUACCGAAUCCAGCUGAAGCCAGAACAGUUUGCUUCCUACCUGACAUCCCCAGAAGUGGGCUUCUCCAGCUACGAGCUGGUGGCCACACCCCACAACACUUCCAAAGGUUUCCAGCGUCCUGUGUACCUGUUCCACAAGGCCUGCUCCCCCAGCCACUAAGUGGCCUUUUGAACAAAGAGCGUGAAGAAGCUAUCCUCAGGACCUGAGGAAAGAGGAAAGUAUCCCAAGGUCUUUCCUUUCUGGCUCCAAAGUUUUCUUUCUUGGAUCUGCAGAGAAGACUCUUCUAUGUUGCUGCCUCGGCCUCUUCCCCACACCUCUGGCACCUAAGCAGCAAGCCCAGCUGUGCUGGAGACAACCGUCAUUUAUUUUCCUUUCCCCCAGCCGGCUGGGCUGGAUGGCAUGGACUGUUUGCUGACCUGUUCUCCGAGGCUGUGGGAGGUGAGGAUAGCAAAUCCUCUAGCCCUGGCCUCCUAGUCUCCCGAGGAGAGAAUCCCCUUUCUCCUCAGCCCUUGUUUCCUAGCUGCAUUUCAGUGGACCACGGAUAGAUGAACUGAGGGUUUGAGGGGAAAGUUUGGCGGGGAGACAUGCAGGUACUGUGAAAAUCCUUCCCUCUGCUGUCCCCACUAGGAAAAGGGAUUGGGUUUUUAAUGUGAGAACAGCACAAUAAACUUGAUGUUUAAGGCAGUGGCCUCCAAGCUUGU